UCAUCUUGAGAGCAGCAGAGAACCGGUUGUCAAAAUUUGUAAACAACACGCGAGAAACGAACGCUUUCUAGUUUUUAUUUAACAAAAUUAGUAAAAGCCGUAAAAGCACUACUUUGAAUUAAAAUUGACGCAGUUAUUUACGUUACUAAAGCAAUUCUUAAUAUUGCCAAUCGAACAUAACUAUGGAAGAGGUUCAGCGGCAUUCAGUACACACGCUAGUGUUUCGUUCCUUGAAAAGAACUCACGAUUUCUUCGUGGCGAACCAAUCGUUGCUGCCGGAGAUCGACGAGAAACUAGAAAAAUCAAAAUAUUCUAUAAAAGCUCGUGAUUCGUACGGUCUAGUUUUUGAUCGUGUAGCAAAUGCAAAAAAUGUAGCCAUCCGGCGUAGUGAAUCCGGCAGAGUAGACACGGUGCCGGAUCCCACUCAGGACCAUAUGCUAGCAAUCACUUCCGGAAGCGAACAAGAACAGGGAACGAACACGCAGACAGCUCUUUUGCCAGUAGUUGCACCUGGUGGUCAAAAUUUCAAUUCAAAUACCGUGCAGAUACUUCCCAAGAAAGCGCCAACAAUUCCGAAACCGAAAUGGCAUGCCCCAUGGAAAUUGUGUCGUGUCAUAUCCGGUCAUUUGGGUUGGGUACGAUGCGUUGCUGUGGAGCCGGGAAACGAAUGGUUUGCCACCGGAGCUGCCGAUCGGGUCAUCAAAAUAUGGGACUUGGCUAGUGGUAAGCUGAAGCUUUCGUUAACGGGUCAUGUAAGUACCGUCCGGGGACUUUGCGUGAGUCCUCGUCAUCCGUAUCUUUUCAGCUGUGGUGAAGAUCGCCAGGUAAAAUGUUGGGAUCUGGAGUACAAUAAAGUGAUCCGUCAUUAUCAUGGACACCUGUCGGCUGUCUAUACAAUGGCACUGCAUCCGACGAUAGAUGUGCUGGUAACGGCCGGACGGGACUCAACCGCUCGAGUUUGGGAUAUGAGAACAAAAGCAAACAUCCACACCCUUGGUGGUCAUACCAACACGGUGGCUAGUGUGGUCUGCCAGGCGGCCAAUCCGCAAGUCAUAACAGGAAGUCACGACUCGACUGUGCGUCUGUGGGACCUUGCUGCAGGGAAAAGCAUGUGUACCCUGACCAAUCACAAGAAGAGUGUUCGUAGCAUUGUGCUGCAUCCUUCUUUGUACAUGUUCGCAUCGGCAUCGCCGGACAACAUUAAACAGUGGCGCUGUCCGGAGGGAAAUUUCAUCCAGAAUCUAAAUGGACAUAACUCCAUCGUGAAUACGAUGGCGGUCAAUCCGGAGGGAGUUUUGGUUUCCGGGGGUGACAACGGAACGAUGUUCUUCUGGGAUUGGCGCACGGGGUAUAACUUCCAGCGGUUCCAGGCAGCUGUCCAGCCGGGAUCUAUGGAUAGCGAGGCGGGAAUCUUUGCCAUGACUUUUGACAUGUCCGGAUCUAGACUUAUUACGACUGAAGCGGACAAGACUAUCAAGAUCUACAAGGAGGACGACGAGGCUUCGGAGGAAUCGCAUCCAGUCAAUUGGAGGCCUGAGAUCAUAAAGCGAAGGAAGUAUUAGGGCCGUAAAAUAAAAUAAGAAUGAAAAGAUUUUUACUCGUAAUAUACUUCUAAUGUGAAAACAA